AUGGGUUUACUAGAGGGCUUGCUGGCCACCAGCCCGCUCACCAUCGCGGGCACCCUGCUCGGGGCCUUCGUCCUGCUCCUGGUUUUCUACAGAGCCAGGGCAGAGUACUAUAUCAGAAGAUCAGGCGGCAUUAGAGCACCAAUCCUCCUCGAUGGCUUCAACUCCCUCUUCAGCGUUGCUACCCCGGAGUCCCCGAACACGAUUGAAAUGAGCUUCACGAGCAGGGUCCGGUUCCUCAUAACCAAGGAGCCGGAGCACAUCAAGACGGUUCUCACCUCCAAGUUUGCCGACUUUGGAAAGGGCCCCAUGUUCCAUCAAGUGUGGUCACCGUUCCUGGGCGACAGCAUCUUUACCACCGACGGGAAGACGUGGCAGGAUAACCGGAGCCUGAUCCGGCCCAUGUUCAUCAAGGACCGUGUCAGCGACCUCGCCAUCUUUGACAAGUGGACCAACACGAUGAUGGAGAAGUUCCCGGCGUCCGGCGUGGCCUUUGACAUCUCGGAUCUCUUUUAUCGGAUGACGCUUGACGUGACGACCGACUUCCUGCUUGGGCACAGCGUCAACAGUCUUGGGAACCCGAAGCACCACUUUGCCCAUGCCUUCAACGAGGUUCAGAGUUACCAGAUGUUCUAUACCAUCAUGGCGCCCUUCAAGCCUUUGCUCCCUCACGGCAGAUACAACCGCGGCAUCAAGGUCAUUGAGGAGUUCAUCCUCCCCUUCAUCCAGGAGGCACUCGACCUACCGCCCUCGGAGCUCGAGAAGCUCUCCAAGUCGGACAAGGACUUUACCUUUCUCCACAACAUCGCCCGCUUCACGCGCGACCCCAAGAUCAUCCGCGACCAGCUCAUCGCCAUCCUCCUCGCCGGCCGCGACACGACGGCGGCGACGCUCUCCUGGACGCUGUACGAGCUGGCGCGCUACCCGGCCACCUACGCCAAGCUCCGCAACGAGAUCCUGACGACGGUGGGCCCGAGGCGGGCGCCGAGCUACGACGACCUCAAGAGCAUGAAGUACCUCACAAACUGCCUCCAGGAGACGCUGCGGCUGUACCCGGCGGUGCCGUUCAACGUGCGCUCGGCGCUGACGACGACGACGCUGCCGGGGAGGAACGGCGCGCCGGACAUUGCCGUGCUCGAGGGCGACUCGGUGGUGUACAGCACGAUGGCGAUGCAGCGGAGGCGGGACCUGUACCCCGAGGUGUCCGAGACGUUUGCGGACCCAGCCAUCUACAGCCCCGAGAGGUGGGAGAACUGGCAGCCGAAGCCGUGGCAGUACGUGCCGUUCAACGGCGGUCCGAGGAUCUGCGUCGGGCAGAACUUUGCCAACACGGAGAUGGCUUUUACAAUGGUUCGGCUUUUGCAAAAGUUUGAGAGGCUCGAGUACCGCGGCGACUGGCAUGCGCAGUUCUUAAAGGCGGAGAUCGUCGGCGCACCUGGCCACGGCGUGCCGAUUGCGUUCUUCGAGGCCGUCGACGGUGAGAUGGCGUAA